AUGUACUAUCCCAGCACGCAGCCGCUGGCGCAAGCACAGGCGCGUGCUCAGCGUGGGCGUCGCCCUUCGACUGCCUCUCACUACUCGUUUGCAGCUUCGCUGCGCUCUUUGCGUUCUGUGCACAGCAUCAGCACAACCAGCAUCUUAUCCACCAUCAGCGCGUAUGGGCACCUCACCCCAUUGAGCGGCCUGGGCGCCCGCGUGCCUGUCAGAGGGAGAAGCAGCGUCAGCGUGCUCAACCACAACCUCAACGGGGGCCGAUCGACGCCAAAUGCUUCCCACCAGCCUUCUGCAUUGGGAGCAGGAGCAUCCAAAAUCAGCGAUGCAGCUUUCGCACCGGCACCAGCACCUGCGGAGAUAUCCCUAUCGCGCACCGUGCAUGAAUGCUACGUCGCGGGCAGGUAUCGGCAGCUCUCGCGACAGUAUGGCUUGAGCCUCCCUUCCACAGUGGAUCUUUCUGCCGGAGAGCACGAGGAAGAAGAGGACGAUGCAGAUCACAACAGCGGCAGCGACAACGACGAAGAGGAGCUCGGGAGCGUCACUGCUGACGACGCCACCGCCGCCCUUGCCUUGUCGCUUGACCUGAAGCGUGAGGAGGACUUCACUUCAUCUGCUGCUACAUCCUUAGCGGUUGCAGCAACAAGAGUGGCGGAAAUACAAGUGCCUUCGGAAUCGGACAAGGUCAGGGACGCGGCGAUGCAAACGCAGACAGCCGCUCGCCUCCUGGCACUCCUCUCACGUGAUACUGCCACACGCUCUAAGACGAUUGGCCCUGCCUCCGAGGGGGGUUUUGCGAGUGCAAGAGGAACAGCGGGGGGCAGGUGGGCAAGGGAAGACGACAGCGAACAAGUAUUAGGCCAGGAUCGCAGAGCGCAUAGUGUCGCUGCGCUGCUGCAGAACAAGAAUAUGAACGGCAAGAAGCGCGGAGCAGAAGAUCUGCGGAAGCUAUUUCCACCCGCCUCGGAUGUAACUGCGAAGGCUGAUGCUGCUCUGCACCUCGCGUCAGGCCAAUCGCAACCGCACGCCGCCAACGGGUGCGAUGGACACUCCCACUUCACAUCCCCAACUCCAAUUACAGAGUCGGAUCCACAGAACUCAUCGGCCAGCAGCAAGAAUGGAAAGAUUAGAAUGAGCAAAAGCGGCACCGUCGGAACCAACAAGAACAGCAGCAAGAGGGCGUAUGCCGCUUCGCGCAUCAAGGCCGCCACGGUCUUCAAGGCGAAUCUAAAGAGCGCUGCGCCGGCCGAUGUGACGCGGCUCGAAUGGGAGAUUAAGGCACUGACGCCUAUCACGCCCGCGCACAGGCUCCUGCCGCUGCUCAAGCGCGCCGCAGAGCUGCGCUCGCUGCGUAGCAUCACGCAGCUCGCGGCGCUGUACACGCUCGGCGUCACGCGUGGACAUGCUCCCAUCGCCGUAGAGCUCGUGCGCCGCGACGCGCCGCGCGCGCUCAGCUGGGCCGUACGGGGGCUCGGAUUCGCUCUCGGGCGGCACGGUGCUAGCACUGCUGUUGAUGGUGGUAGUAGUAGUGUUCGACCAGUGGAAAGCAAGGAACAGUCGCAGCAAGGCGCGGAGAAUGGUAAGGUUCUGGCAGCAACAGCAGCAGCGGGAAGCGACGAGGAGGAAGAGGAAAAGAAAGAGGCGAUUUUCAUGCUUCUGCACCUGCUCGCACGUGUCGCACGCUCAAAAAAGGCAGCCUGGCCAGCCAUGUCCCUCUCCUCGCCAAAUGGCUCGCACUCGGUGGAGCAAGUAGAUGCAGAAAGCGAUACUAACCUUACAAAGCUCUGGAGACGCGUCGAGGAGCUUCUGCCGAGCAUGCAGGCCUAUUUGAAGGAUCAAGAGGGCGUCAGCGCGAGCGGUGAUGGUGAUGUUGCUGCAGCUGAUGGAACGGGUGCUGUAUCUUUCGCUGCCGCAUUGACGACUUCUGCAACUGUCGCAGGCACCGAUGACGUACCCGAUCCACCGCCUCAGCAGCCUCCGGAGGCCGAUGGCGACCUCGUCUCUCUUUUGGCUGGCAACGUAUCCAGCAAAGUCGCCGAGAAGACACGGGAAUGCCUGUCAGUGUUGGAUGCAGCUCGGAAGGAGCUGGCCUUCCUCGAAGCGCUUGUAUCGCUUCGCAAAGCGCUGCUUGCUCGUGCGGGGAGCGAAAAAUUAGAGGGAAGAGGUGACGUGGACGAGGUGGAACGAAAACUAGAUGCACUGCAAGCCCUUCCGGGCUGCAAGGAGCAAAUGUUGAAAGAGAAAGCGGAAGCUGUGCUUUCGACGCUCUCGGCUCUAGACGAAAAGAUGUUGGCAGUCAGAGUCGCAGCAUUCCGUGACGCGCUUGCUGCCACACUCCCCGAGGAGAGCGUGACCGAGAAUGCCAGUGAGCCGCAGGUUGUGACGGCUGCAUCGCUUGGCCUGGGCCUGCCGCACUCAAAGUCCACGAACACAACAUCCCCUAACACCUCCAGUGGUACCGCUUUCGAACCCAUCCACGGCAAGUCGGCCGGCGCGGCAAGCAUCACCGCUUCGCACGCCACCGCCUCGCCGUCGACGAUCGGCAAGAUGAGCAACGACGCAUCCGCGCUGCUCACGCGUCAGCACGCUGCGUCUGCCAAGAUACGAGAUGAAGCGCCCUUCGAUCCGUUCUUCAUCGAGCAUACAAGGGGAAAGAACCAGCAAUCUAUCACUUCCAAUGCGUACUUGAACCCGCCAAGCCCGACGGCGAGCAUCCGCUCGAUCAGCUCUGCAUGGGGGUAUGGGGAGGAUGACGAGGAGGGAGAGCCGAAGGCAAGCGCUGGGUACUCUUUCCCAAGGCUUAGACGGCCGUCCAGCGUCAUCUCUGACUCACCCUCGCUCAUGUUCCCAUCGCAUGGAGAGGAUGCGAGCGAGGACGUUAUGCAGUCACCCCUUACGCCGAGCUUUGCGCCGCCAGAACGGCCAUCCCUGCGGAAUCGCAGUCAGAGUGGCUUGCCCGACCGUAGAAGGGUGGUAAGCAUGUACGGCGAGCCAUCUGUGGCUGUCUCUCCUUCGCUUCACUUGCCGAUGAUCCGGCCACCCGCUAGCUCUUUUGCGCCUCUCGGCAGCAGCAAAUCAUCGCGCAGGCUCUCUUUCCUCCUGCCUCCCACCGUCGCUUCUCCCCACGCCGCGGACCACGCAUUCACAGCGAUUGGCACUGUCGGACGGGCACAGUCGCACGCCAGCCAGUCUCUGCGCCAGUUUGCAGCACACAGUCCGCAUCCUAUCAACCCUGCCACCAAGCUGAUGCGCAGCAAGGGUAGUCUAAGGCCGCGCCCGCUGUCCAUGAUCAACUCUGCUUCAGAGCCAGCGCUAGAUGUUGCCAAAGGUACGUUAGAAAGCAGCACAUCGAUCGAGACACUUGCAAAACAUGCUCUCGCACUUUUGCCUAUGUCUGCACAAACUCCCGCUCCGCUUCAGCUCCCAGCUGGCCGCCAAGAAGCUGUAAUGCAAGAGACACGGCUGCCACCACCCAGCCCGGCGCGGUCUACUGCCAGCGGAAGAGCUUUCAGCGGCCUCGACCCUACCAACACGUCCUACGGGCACAGCAGUCAUGCGAGCAGUGCAAACAGUUCGCAGGUUGACAUUGCUGCGCUGGCCAAACAACCCUCCGUCACUGUCAACGGCCUGGACAACGUUCUCGCCGCGGCCGAAGACCAGAGUAAAUUGCGCACAGGCGGCUGCUGUGCCAAUUGCGGCAAAGCUGUCGUCAACGGCGCCAUGAAUCGCAAAGGCGAAAUUCUGUGCGGCAGGUCUUGCAGGUUGGAGACCAAGGCCAAGUCGGCGCCAGUCGCAGCAUGA